AACGCCGAGCCGCUGGACCUUGGCGAGGGAGGGAAGCAGAAGGCGCCGAGGACAGGCAAGGCGGACCGCUCCGGGGCAGCGUCGGGGGAAGGAGGGCGCCUGAGGGCGAGCGACGGGCUCAGAGCGAACCUGCGCGCCCUAGCCGCCGCCGAAAUGCCUCCGUGGUGCCUGGCGCUGUUGUUGCUGGGCUGCCUGCUGAGCGCCUGGCCCCGGCAGGACCGCCUUCCUUUGGCUGCUGCCGCUGCAAAGAAUUGUGUCUGUAAAGAUAAAAGCUACUGCUAUUGCGAUGGAAUGAAAGGCAGUAAGGGUGAAAAGGGCUUUCCUGGUUUCCCUGGGCCAGCUGGCCAGAUCGGUUUCCCUGGCCUUGAGGGCCCACCAGGGCUACAAGGACCUAAGGGUUUUCCAGGGCCAGUAGGCUUUCCUGGGUCUAAAGGUUCAAGGGGAAUGCCAGGAAUACCUGGUUAUUCAGGUCCUCCAGGUCUUCCAGGUGAACCAGGAAAUGCGGGUCCACCAGGACGACCAGGCAUGCCAGGAUGUAACGGAACCAAAGGUGAGCGGGGAUUCCCAGGGUUUCCAGGGCCAGGAGGACUUCCAGGUUUACCAGGUCCCAAAGGCAUCAAAGGAGAGAGGGGAUGUCCUGCAAAUGGAUAUGAGGACGUUGACAGAGCGGAAGGUGAUCCUGGGCUUCCAGGAAUGCCUGGCUCUCCGGGUGAGCCAGGACCUCAAGGAUUACCAGGUGAAAUUGGAGCUGCAGGCCCUCCAGGAUUUCCAGGAGAACGAGGAAUAUUGGGAUUUCCAGGGCCCAAGGGUCUCAUGGGCAUUAAAGUCAUUGGAGCCAAAGGUAAAAAGGGUGACUGUGGAUUAAUCGGCCCCCCUGGACCACCAGGAACUGUUAUUGUAACACUAACUGGAGCUGAUAAUACAACGGAAUUAAAAGGAGAUAAAGGAGACAGGGGAUCUCAGGGACCCCCCGGACCAUCAGGAGGAUCAGGUUUACCUGGUGAUUUUCAAAGUGAAAAGGGAGACCUAGGAGACCCAGGCUCUGAGGGAAAGCCUGGAAAGGAUGGCACCCCAGGUCCACCUGGCUCCCAGGGGGAAAAAGGUGAUCAAGGUUUGCCAGGCCUGCCUGGAAAAGUUGGAUUCAAGGGGAGUAAAGGUGAAGUUGGCCACCAAGGAAUUCAAGGUCCAACAGAGUAUUACAAUGUGAUGCCUGGUGGAAAAGGAAAUAAAGGCUACAUAGGCCCCCCAGGACCUAAAGGGCAGCAUGGGAGACCUGGGCAACAAGGUCCUUUUGGGGCAACUGGUAGGCCAGGUGUUUCAAGACCUAGUCCAAGAGGUCCACAAGGUGCUUCAGGCCUCAAAGGAAAUAAAGGAGAUAGAGGGAAACAUGGCACAAAUGCUAUUGGACCACCAGGAUUUCCUGGAUUCCCAGGAAGACCUGGCCCAGCAGGAUCACCAGGUUCUCCAGGAAAACCAGGUACAAUAACUUUUAAAGAAGGACCUCCAGGAACCAUUGGGAGUCAAGGAUGCAUGGGGCCUCCAGGACUUUCAGGAGAUAGUGGAGCUAAGGGUGACGAUGCAGGCCCAUGUAACCAGUGUACUUAUGUUAUUGGAGCACCUGGCCCUGCUGGUGUUUCUGGGCCAGAGGGUCAAAAAGGAAUCAAAGGUGAGGAAGGAAAAAUUGGCCCUAAAGGAUCCCAAGGAGACCCUGGGCAUAAGGGACCACCUGGCAUUCAAGGUCUUUCUGGUCUUCUGGGAGAACAAGGCCUUAAAGGAUUGAAAGGUCAGCCAGGGUAUGCACAAUCAGAAGGUUCCAAAGGAGACAGAGGAGAACCAGGUCACAGAGGAUGCACAGGAGAAAAAGGUGCAAAUGGGUUACCUGGAAAACCUGGAUUGAAAGGUUCCAGAGGUUCUUUGGGAGAACAGGGAUCUGAUAGUCCAAAAGGGGAUAGAGGUCCUCCAGGAACAAUUGGUAGACCAGGUCUUCUUGGAGAGGCAGGAUUGCCUGGACCACCAGGAUAUGGACUACAAGGAAUGGAAGGCCCUAAAGGAUCUCAAGGAGUUCCUGGUUUGUCUGGGUUAUGUGGAGUAGCUGGCCCUCGAGGUGAACCUGGUAAAAUAAAUGCAGUUCCUGGACCUCCUGGACUUCAGGGACCAGAUGGCCGAUCUGGAAUACAAGGAGGAAGAGGCAGUGUUGGCUCCAGAGGGCAGCGUGGCAACCCAGGCUCCCCAGGACCAAAUGGUGAUCCUGGCUUACAAGUGGUCGGACCACCUGGGCAACCUGGUCUAAAAGGAGACAAAGGACCUCAGGGACCUGAAGGACUUCCAGGAUGUCCAGGAAAAUUAGGAGAACCAGGUUUACCUGGAAAACCUGGAAUCCCAGGAGAAAAGGGAGAACCAGGUCCAUUUAUUCCUGGGCAACAAGGUAGACUAGGCUCACCAGGACAAGAGGGCUUAUCAGGUGAAAAGGGUGAAAGAGGACCCCCAGGAUUUCAAGGUCAACAAGGUCAACAGGGUCGUGAUGGUGCUGGUGGGCCGAGAGGAGAACCUGGAACCCCUGGCAUUCUAGGAGAAAAGGGUAGUCCAGGAAAAAUGGGUGACUGUCUUAUUGGUUUACCAGGACCAUCAGGCCCAUGUGGAAUGAUAGGCCCACAAGGAGCCAAAGGUGUCCUAGGACCAAAAGGUGAUCCAGGUAUUCCAGGAUUAGACAUCCCAGGGUCCCAAGGACAAUUUGGGCUACCAGGAUUACCUGGCCCUCAAGGAAGUGGAGGGUUUCCAGGUGUCAAAGGCCAGGCAGGCAGGCCGGGGAUAUCAGGGACACCAGGCCCAAGAGGAGAAAGAGGCUUAAUGGGCCCUGUGGGUAUUCCUGGAUUACCUGGAGUCUUUGGAAAUCCAGGUAUCCCUGGAAGCAGAGGUUUUCCUGGCCUACCAGGACCAAGAGGAAGAAAGGGAUCUUCCGGGGAAAAAGGUGAGCCAGGUGAUAAGGGUUCUCCUGGAAUAUCAGAGUCCAGAAUGAGCUUUGGAGACAAAGGUGAACAAGGAGCCAAAGGGAUGCCUGGAAGAGUGGGUCUCAAAGGGGAAAAAGGAGAGCAAGGUGCACAAGGAUUCAUGGGUCUUCAUGGGCUGCCAGGAACACCAGGUCCACCAGGUUCCAAAGGAGAUAAAGGACUUCCUGGAAUUCCUGGGGCACAAGGACUGCUGGGAGCUCCAGGAGAGAGAGGGGACAUGGGACUUCCAGGUCCUAAGGGUGAACAAGGUUGUUCAGGUUUGCCUGGACCUACAGGUCUACCAGGGGCACCAGGCCUUGAAGGAGUUCCAGGGGAUAAAGGAGAACCAGCUUGUGCUAUACCAGGAAACCCAGGGCCCAAGGGUGAUCCAGGUCCUCCAGGACAAAGAGGAAGAAAGGGUGAAGCUGGAUCGCCAGGCCUUCCAGGCAUUGUAGGAGAACCUGGACUUCCUGGGAACAGAGGGGAUGCUGGCUUACCAGGAAUUCCCGGGCAUCCAGGAUGUGUGGGUGAUAAGGGCAAUAAAGGAAGUAAAGGAUUAUUAGGACGAAAUGGCACUAGAGGACCUCCAGGUUCAACUGCAUUACCUGCUGAUGAUGGACCACCUGGUGAGAGGGGUAAUCAGGGACUUGAUGGAAUUCCUGGUUCCCCAGGUGAAAAAGGAGCACAAGGUUCUCCAGGCCAAGGAGCUCCGGGCUCUCAAGGCCUUCCUGGUCCUAAAGGUAUCAAAGGAGAUAUGGGAAUGGCUGGCUUUCCAGGGCUGCAAGGUGUUAAAGGUCUUAUGGGGAACCAAGGACCAAGUGGACCUCCUGGCUUACCUGGACAGCCAGGACUUCCUGGGGAACCUGGGACAGUGAUUGCGGGUCCUAAAGGAAAUAGAGGUCCCUCUGGCCCAGAUGGAAAACCAGGCGUUCCUGGUAUUCCAGGACCUGCUGGACCACCUAGUUACAGUAUUAAAGGAAAUAAAGGUGUUCAGGGAAUAGAUGGCUCACCAGGAUUUCCAGGACCAAGAGGUGAUGUCGGUCUACCUGGUCCAGCAGGAAUUGAUGGCAUUCCUGGAUAUCAAGGCCCUAGAGGAGAACCAGGGUUUCAAGGAUUUCCAGGCAGAAAAGGAGAAAAAGGCAAUCGGGGUCCACCAGGGCUAACGGGAGUGGCAGGACCUGGAGGGCCAAAGGGACCACCUGGUCAGCCUGGACCACCUGUGCAUGCUGUCUAUUUCCCAGGAGAUCAAGGACCUCCUGGACCUCAAGGAAUCCCAGGAAAUCCAGGAGAUCCAGGUCCUCAAGGGCCAACUGGACCACCAGGUCCUUUAGGUAUAAAAGGUCAGCCAGGCAGUUUUGGAAUUUCAGGGAGACCUGGACCACCUGGGCCAAAAGGAGACAAAGGAUUUCGAGGACAAAAAGGUUUACCUGGAUUGCUUGGUUUCCCUGGGAUAAAGGGAACACCUGGAUACCCAGGAACGGGCUUGCCUGGGGAAACGAAAAGGGGCUUCAUCUUUUCACGGCACAGUCAAUCAGCAAAAAUUCCUUUAUGCCCAUCUGGAACAUCUCAGAUCUAUAAUGGAUACUCUCUUCUAUUUGUACAAGGGAAUGAGCAAGCACAUGGGCAAGACCUUGGAACAACAGGUAGCUGUCUUCAGCGAUUUACUACCAUGCCUUUUUUAUUAUGCAAUCCCACUAAUGUGUGUAGGUUUGCUUCUCGCAAUGACUAUUCAUACUGGCUGUCAACUGCAGAACCAAUGCCAGAAGAUAUGGCACCGAUUUCUGGGAAAGCUUUGGAGCCGUAUAUUAGCAGGUGUGUUACCUGCGAAGGCCCUGCAAUGUUAAUAGCAGUCCACAGUCAAACAUCUUCAGUCCCACCAUGCCCUGAAGGCUGGCAAUCUCUUUGGAAAGGAUUUUCUUUUGUUAUGUAUACAGGUGCAGGCUCAGAAGCAUCUGGACAAGCGCUGGCAUCCCCAGGAUCGUGCCUAGAAAAAUUUUAUGCCAUCCCAUUUAUAGAAUGUCAUGGCCGAGGGACGUGCAAUUAUUACUCAAACUCCUACAGUUUCUGGCUGGCUUCACUAAAUCCAAGAAGAAUGUUCAGGAAACCAUUGCCACAAACUGUGAAAGCUGGAGAACUGGAAAAAAUCAUCAGCCGCUGUCAAGUCUGCAUGAGGAGAUCAGGCUAAACAACACGGUCAUUAGAGAAUUCAACUCUGUGGCACAACUCCACCUGCAAACAGCAAAAAAUAAAACAAAACCAAAAAUAUUUUCUGAACUUGUAAUAAUAUGUUUUCACUAAAACUAAACUGUAUUUGUACUUGAAAAUGCCAAAUGCUGUGCUAUAAUGAAAAAGUGCAAUAUUUUAAUUACUUUAUUUCAUAUAAAAUGUAAAGCACUUUCUAAAGGUCAGUUGUUUGUGCUGGCAGUACCACAGGCUUUUUGACUUUCUGAACUUUGUCAUCCCUGGGACCAUUUCAGUUACAAAUUAGAAUGUGUCAGGCUUUUAUCUGGAAAACAGAGCUGCCAGUGGGAGAAGAGUAAAGAUGGUAGCUAUUCUUUACAUCAGUGUUAAUGAAAGCAGUCAGACAUUAUUUAAACUAAAACGCUGGUACUAUAGGGAACUGUAGUAAAAAACAGCAAAAACAAAAAAAAACAUCCUACAUACAGCUUUUUGACAUUUCAUCAAACAUGUCAUCCUUACCAGUCUCUCUUUUCUCUAGCUCUGGGUAAAUGGGAAUAGUAACAUUUUUGCACUAAUGUAAGAGCUAUGCUUCUUGACUAAUUGGAAAUGAAACUAGAUGAACUAGAUUUUUAGUUCCGCAAGUACAGUAUAUGUUGUUUGCAUAUUGUUGGAUCUUUUACUGAAUUCAUUAGGCCUUUGAUUGGGUCUUGCUGACCUAAGCCUAAAAGAUGAAAUAUUGAGGAAAGUGAUUGCUGAAAGUUCUAAUUUAUUACUAGCUGUCUUGUCAUUACUGAGGCAAAACUAACUAUGGCAGGUUUGUAAAUGGCCUCCCCCCUAGUUAACACCUAUGGACUGUGGCAAGUUAGAACAAAAUAGAGAAAGUUUUAAGAACUUUUUUCUUUUAGGUUGUUGAUGUACCAAAUAAAACUAACACAGUGCAGUUCAGCUAGUUACACUUUUUGUGAUUGUGUGGAUUUAUUGGCAAAGCAGGAGUAUGAUACCAAAAAUGUGCAUAAAAUUUAGAUGGAUUACCAAGUACGCAUUCAGUCAGAGGCUGACACCAUGAAGUUGCUUCUCCAGGAACUCAGACAGAGGUUUUUAACAUCACCUACUACCUUAUUCUUUUGCCUGGAGAUGCUGGGAUAGACCCUGAGAUCAUCUAGAUUCAACGUUAAUUCUGUUCUGCUUUGUACCUCUGUCCAUGCACUAAAUGCAAAGACCUACUAUAUUCCCCUCUACUAAGAUAACACUUAAAAUCUACACAUUAAAGUUUUAGUGACUUAAAUAGUGGUUGAAAGCAUUGGCUGAAUUUAUAUUUCAUCUUAUGAAAUCAAAGCAGCUAAACAGAAUACCGUUUAUUAAGAGUUUCAAAUGGAAGUAUCUGCAAAAAGAUUGACACUAGAACAUUCAAUGGAUUUAGUUAUAGUCAUUUUGAUCCAGCAAGGAAGACUCCAGUGCACCACUGAUGUGAAUUUGCAUCCAGCUGUGACUGCAAGUCAUAAACGUACAUCUGGUUCACAUUGAGUUUGAUGGAUAAAUGUAUGGAGUGAUGUACAUACCACUCUGGGGCCAGUACUUGCAAAAAAAAAGCACACGGUAAGCUGCCUCAGGGCCUUUAUAUAAUAUAUUUUUAAAUAUAAUAUAUUUUAAAGUGUAGCUAUCUUCUGAAUGUUUUAUAUUUUAAUGCUAAAAUAAAAUAAAGUGUGCUGUCAAGUCACAAGUGAUGCAUGGUAACCCUGUGAAGUUUCAACUCAUAGGGUUUUCAAGGCAAGAGAUGAGAAGCGGUUUGCUGUUGCUUUCCUCUCAAUAGCAGCCCUAGUCUUCCUCGGUGAUGUCCAAUCCAAGUAAUGCUACACAUGAAAUUCUUUUUAGAUGUCCACUAUUUUUGAGAUUUGCACAAGUGUCAAGUUGUAAUAUUUAACCAUAAAAAUAACAUCUCAUUAACUUGCAUAGUUUUGCAAAUGCAUGAUUAUAAAUGUUGGAUUUACAGAUCCACAAAACUGCCAGUUUUUUGUCAUUGCUAGUAUAUAUUUUUGCAAGUGAAGAUUUUUUAAAAAAAAAUUAUUUCCAUUUAAUGCUGACAAUGUUUUUUACCAAAUUUUUGUUUUAGUAAUACAUUAUUGUAAAACCAGUCUGAUGCUACGACUUGUUGCACUGAGAAAUCAGCACUUCUGGUAGGGUUGCCAACCAUUACAAUGACAAAUUGGUAUGAAAUGUUACAUUUAUACUAUAUGUCAGUAUGAAAACUCAAAUGCUUAUAGAUUGUGGUUGUAAAUAAAACAG